AUGUCGCCUGGCCUUCACAACAAAGAGUCCAAUCUUUGUCUCAUCGGGCUGGAGAAUCUUGUUUCUCCUGGUCUGAGAGUCCUUGAGUCUGGCCAACUUUCACAUAAGUCUUUUGUCAAAUGUACUUCAGACCUGUGUAAAAUUAAACCCACUGAUAAUAAUUUGUGCUCCGACUAUUGGCAAAUUUAUGCUUACGCCAAAAUAACACCUUACCAUCUUCCCUCCAGGUUUGAGAAGCUGUACACUGUGAUCAACAUCUUGCUGGUCAACCUGGUGGCGUCCUCCCUGAUCUUAAUGAGCAGCCUUCCCAUUGUGGCCGCCUACAUGCAGAUGUCUGACUGGAUUUUUGGCUCAGCUAUGUGCAAGAUCGUCUUCAGUGCCUACUACCUGGGUUUUUACAGUUCUGUUUUCUUUAUAACUCUGCUAACAUUUGACCGUUACCUUGCUUUUGUACAUUUUAUGCCAGUAGUACAUGUAAGGAGUCGACGCAAUGCUAUCAUAUCUUGUGCAGUGGUGUGGGUGAUCAGUGGUUUGGCUUGUGUCCAGCCAAUGAUCCUUCAUGGUGUCUAUGAGAAGAAAGACAAAGACAAAAUAGGCAAAAUUCACUGUGAGGAAUUUGCUUACAUUCCUGAUAUGAAUGUAGAGAAACUCAAGAAAUUUCGAUUUCAUAUUCAGCUUUUUGUCUUUUUGAUCCUACCUCUGGCUAUUAUCAUAUUUUGUUAUGUUAGGAUUGUGGUCACCAUUAAAAAAUCGCAAUCAGGUUCUAAAUUCCAUGCAGUCAGGAUGAUAUUUAUGAUCGUAGUGUUGUUCUUCAUCUGCUGGAUCCCUUUUAACAUUGUAGAACUCCUGCAUUAUAAAUUAGAGUCUGUUUUGAGCUGUGAAGGUAAAAAGAAACUCGGUUACGCUCUUCAUGUCACCCGCAACAUGGCUUACAUUUACUUCUGCAUCAGUCCAAUGUUUUAUACAUUUGUAGGAAAAAAAUUUCAGAACCAUUUCAAACAGCUGCUGGUGAAAUGUUUCCCAAGAUUACAGGAUCAUAUUUCUUUCAAUGCAAACAACACAACAACAAGAACUCAGCCUUAAGAAGUGAGUUUAUCUCUGUGAGUUUGUCGUUAUUCACCCCGAGUCAAACCAAAUGCAGUACCUUGCAACUGCAUUCAUGCUUUUUAAACUUCAGCACAAUUUUUCAUGCUACAACCACAAACGUCACUUUGAUCUAAUGUAUUGUCAUCAUACUGAAAAAUAAUUGAGGAUAUUGAUACUAUUUAACAUCAAGCAUCAACAGCUAAACCCACAAAUGCUGCCUUUUCAAUCGUUUUAUCCGGCUGUUACAGUAGACCUUGAGUUAGUAUUUAUAAUUUCUAAUUAUGCUGAAAGGACACUGAGAAUUAAUCAGAGCAGCAGGAAAAGAGACCAAAGGUACCUCUGGACAGGCUGCAGAGAUCCAUGAUUUAUUUACAGGUCUACUGUUUGCCAUGCAGUUCACAAACCUUGCUCUUAUGGGAGAGUGGCAAGAUGGAUGACUUUUAAAAGGAAGCUCGCACUGGAAGAAAAGAAAAGUAAAAGCUGAGUAAUUUUUGGAAUGAGUUUACAGGCAGAGGAAACACGUCUGAGCUGAAUGGGUGUUACUGAGAAUCUGUGAUUAAAUGCAAAAGAAUUUUAAAAAGUAACUGUCAUUGGGCCCUUUGUUGUCAUAGGGAACAGAUGUCUGUCGCAUCUCUUCCCCAUGUUAUACACAGGAGCAUAUUUGGAUUGGGUCUUUAGAUGGGAAGCUUACAGUCUGCUGUAACUCCUGUUCAAACCUGAUGAAGACAACAAACUCCAGGGUCAUUUUUAAAAACUGCUGGAGUUCACAUGCUUACUUUGUGUCAUACAGUAAUGACUUCAUUCAUUAAUAAAAUCUUAUGAAUCUUGGUGUUUUGGUUUUCAUGUGUUGUUUAGGGUGCUAUGUUCAGUGACAUAACAAUCAGCAAAAAGAUCUAACAGAAAUCAGCAACAACAAAAGCUUAAGCAGCAACAAACUGAUAUAUUACAUCUUGGUUGUGCUUUGUAUAUAAACCCACUUUAUUAUCAUUGAUGAAAAAAUGUUGCAUCUGUAUUAUAAUGAAAUUAACAUUUAAAUUAUUUACAGGCAUCCAGCAAUAGUUAUAUUCUGUUUUUGUUUUUUUCUGUCUACCAUGUGCUGAACAACUUGUAUCAUGACAUUCUAUAAUGUUUGUUUUUUCUUUUGGUAUGCAGUGUAUAGUAAAUGAAGAUGUACAUAAAUCAUAAACGUUCCUAUUGCCCCUAAGCUAUUAAUAUGUAUGGAUAUAAUUUGUUCAUUUAUUUUUGCUCCUGAUAUUAAAUAAAUAUGUUUAAAACA